AUGAAGGGAAAGGUGUGCGUCGGCCUCGUCCUCGCCGUCGUGGCGACUGCCUGCCUGUGCCGGCCGGCUGCGGAGGCACCGGGUGCCGCAGGGGACCCCCGCCGGCUCCCCACCAGCCUGGUCCGGCGAGACUGGCCCGAGCCCCUGUCCCAGGAGCAGCAGCACCUCAUCUCCCGCUUCCUGCCCCACAUGUUCGCAGAGCUGAGAGACCGCAAGGGCUUCGUGCAGGGGGACGAGGGGGCAGAGGCCCUGCACGACCACUUCUACCCCGACUGGAUGGACUUCGGUCGCCGGAGCUCCGAAGACCCGGCUGAUGCCUCAUAAGCAUUGCCCCUGCCGUGCAGAGCACUGGCACCCUUGGUGCAUCUUUCUUCCUGCAAUAAAGCUUUGGCACU